UAGUCAGAGUGGGCGGAGCCGCCCGCCGGCACCUGCGCGUUAAGAGUGGGCCGCGUCGCCGCCGGGUAGCGAUGCGAGCUCCGGGGAUGAGGUCUCGGCCGGCGGGUCCCGCGCUGUUGCUGCUGCUGCUCCUCCUCGGAGCGGCCGAGUCGGUGCGUCGGGCCCAGCCUCCGCGCCGCUACACCCCAGACUGGCCGAGCCUGGAUUCUCGGCCGCUGCCGGCCUGGUUCGACGAAGCCAAGUUCGGGGUGUUCAUCCACUGGGGCGUGUUCUCGGUGCCCGCCUGGGGCAGCGAGUGGUUCUGGUGGCACUGGCAGGGCGAGGGGCGGCCGCAGUACCAGCGCUUCAUGCGCGACAACUACCCGCCCGGCUUCAGCUACGCCGACUUCGGGCCGCAGUUCACCGCGCGCUUCUUCCACCCGGAGGAGUGGGCCGACCUCUUCCAGGCCGCGGGCGCCAAGUAUGUAGUUUUGACAACAAAGCAUCACGAAGGCUUCACAAACUGGCCGAGUCCCGUGUCUUGGAACUGGAACUCCAAGGAUGUGGGGCCUCAUCGGGAUUUGGUUGGUGAAUUGGGAACAGCUCUCCGGAAGAGGAACAUCCGCUAUGGACUAUACCACUCACUCUUAGAGUGGUUCCAUCCACUCUAUCUACUUGAUAAGAAAAAUGGCUUCAAAACACAGCAUUUUGUCAGUGCAAAAACAAUGCCAGAGCUGUACAACCUUGUUAACAGCUAUAAACCUGAUCUGAUCUGGUCUGAUGGGGAGUGGGAAUGUCCUGAUACUUACUGGAACUCCACAAAUUUUCUUUCCUGGCUCUACAAUGAUAGCCCUGUCAAGGAUGAGGUGGUAGUAAAUGACCGAUGGGGUCAGAACUGUUCCUGUCACCAUGGAGGAUACUAUAACUGUGAAGAUAAAUUCAAGCCACAGAGCUUGCCAGAUCACAAGUGGGAGAUGUGCACCAGCAUUGACAAGUUUUCCUGGGGCUAUCGUCGUGACAUGGCAAUGUCUGAUGUUACAGAAGAAUCUGAAAUCAUUUCGGAACUGGUUCAGACAGUAAGUUUGGGAGGCAACUAUCUUCUGAACAUUGGACCAACUAAAGAUGGACUGAUUGUUCCCAUCUUCCAAGAAAGGCUUCUUGCUGUUGGGAAAUGGCUGAGCAUCAACGGGGAGGCUAUCUAUGCCUCCAAACCAUGGCGGGUGCAAUGGGAAAAGAACACAACAUCUGUAUGGUAUACCUCAAAGGAAUUGGCUGUUUAUGCCAUUUUUCUGCACUGGCCAGAAGAUGGAGUCUUAAACCUUGAAUCCCCCAUAACUACCUCAACUACGAAGAUAACAAUGCUGGGAAUUCAAGGAGAUCUGAAGUGGUCCACAGAUCCAGAUAAAGGUCUCCUCAUCUCUCUGCCCCAGUUGCCACCCUCUGCUGUCCCCGCAGAGUUUGCUUGGACUAUAAAGCUGACAGGAGUGAAGUAAUCAUUUGAGUGCAAGAAGAAAGGCACUGCCCGCUGUUUUGCUGCUUCAGUUUUCCUCUUAUAGUACCAUCACUAUAAUCAACGAACUUCUCUUCUCCACCCGGAGAUGGCUUUUCCAACACAUUUUAAUCAAAGGAACUGAGUACAUUACCCUGAUGUCUUAAUGGACCAAAGAUCUGAGAUCCAUUGUGAUUAUAUCUGUAUCAGGUCAGCAGAAGAAGGAACUGAGCAGUUGAACUCUGAGUUCAUCAAUUCUAAUAUUUGGAAAUUAUAUACAAUGGAAUCUUCCCUCUGUUCUCUGAUAACCUGCUUGCUUACUCAAUGCCUUUAAGCCAAGUCACCCUGUUGCCUAUGGGAGGAGGUGGAAAGGAUUUGGCAAGCUCAACCACAUGCUUUUAGUUAGCAUCAGUUGUCACCAACACUCUUUCUGCAAAGGGCAGGAGAGCUUUGGGGGAAAGGAAAAGGCUUACCAGGCUGCUAUGGUCAACUCUUCAGAAAUUUCCAGAGCAAUCUAAGAGCGCCAAAAUUUGCUAUGUUUACAGUGAUACUAUUAAGAAAAUGAAUGUGAUUCUGCUCUGUCUUUUUAAUAUGAUCAAAUAAAAAAAUUUGUGCAUCACAAUCAUUUCUACCAAAAAAACAUGGUAUAGCUUUCUUUUCCUAGUUUCAACUUAGACUGCUUAUAGCUUUAUGAUCAGUUUCUGGUUUGUGUGGUUUUUUUUUUAAUCUUGCAAAAUCUCCUUAACGCUGAACAAAAAA